ACCAGACGCUGAGGCACCGCAGUGGGCGGCCGUCUGAGACCUCAGGCCCGCGCGCGCGCGCGCACGCGCGCAGCAGGUGCAAGAGCAGGAUGGAUAUGAACGUGACGCGUCCGGACAACGCCACCAUCCUGAUGCUGCGGGACCCGACCAUCGCCGUGGUCCUGCCCGUCGUGUACUCGCUGGUGGCGCUGGUCAGCAUCCCCGGCAACCUGUUCUCGCUGUGGGUGCUGUGCUGCCACAUCGGGCCCAGGUCGCCGUCGGUGAUCUUCAUGAUCAACCUGAGCGUCACGGACCUGAUGCUGGCGAGCGUGCUCCCUUUCCAGAUCUACUACCACUGCAACGGGAACCACUGGGUGUUCGGGGAGGUGCUCUGCAACGUGGUCACCGUGGCCUUCUACGCCAACAUGUACUCGUCCAUCCUCACCAUGACCUGCAUCAGCGUGGAGCGCUUCCUGGGCGUGGUGUACCCGUUGGCCUCUGCGCGCUGGCGCCGGCGACGUUACGCGGUGGCCGCGUGCGCCUGCGUCUGGCUGGUACUCCUGGGCGCGCUGUCCCCGCUGGCGCGCACCGACCUCACCUACACCGUGGAGGCGCUGGGCAUCGUCACCUGCUUCGACGUGCUCAAGUCCACCAUGCUGCCCAGCGUGGCCAUGUGGGCCAUGUUCCUCUUCACGCUGUUCAUCGUGCUCUUCUUCAUCCCGUUCGUGGUCACCGUGGCGUGCUACACGGCCACCAUCCUGACCCUGCUGCGCACGUCCGACGCGCACGGCCACGGCCAGCGACGCCGCGCCGUCAGCCUGGCCGCCGUGGUUCUGCUGGCCUUCGUCACCUGCUUCGCGCCCAACAACUUCGUGCUGCUGGUGCACAUGGUCAGCCGCCUCUUCCUGGGCGGCAGCUACUACCACGUGUACAAGCUCACGCUGUGCCUCAGCUGCCUCAACAACUGCCUGGACCCCUUCGUGUACUACUUCGCGUCCCGCGAGUUCCAGGUAAGGCUGCGCAGGUACUUGGGGUACGGGCGGCUGCCCGCCGGCGGCCGGGACGCGCACCGGGACGCCCUGUUCUUCACUCGGACGCUGUCGGCGCGCUCCAUGUCAAGCGGCCCCGGCGACGGGCUCGACGCGCCCAGCCGGCCCUCGCUCAAGAGGCAGGAGAGCGUGUUCUGA